AUGGCCGACGACGACUCCCACAUUGCUCUGAGCCCGAGCUCAACCCUCGGCUCAUCCACCUCCCACUUCUACCCAUUCGCAACAUCCCCAGAUGUUAUUCGCUCCCACGAGAAGGAUGCUUUCCUCACAAGCAGCCUAGUCCAACAAUCCCAAGGCAUCGUUCGAGCCCUACGUGGUGCCCGCUUCGCACACACCUACUCCGACACCAUCAAGCACCUCACCGAGCUCCUCUACUUCUCCCUAACAACUGCCAUCGGCAACCGAACCCUCGGCGAGGAAUACUGUGACCUGGUCCAACUAGAGGACGACACGCUCCGAUUACCGUCUAUCGGCAGACGCGUUGGAUACAUCCUCAGCAGCAUCCUAGUACCAUGGACGCUACAGCGGAUCCUACCCGCCCUCCGACAAAAGAUCCGCAACAAGCUCGAGCGCAACAUUGCCCGGGCACAGCUCCGGGCCGCGCAGCAGGCUGGCCUGCUGAACAAACCUACCUUUUCAAAUACUCCCACUCAAAAGUCGUUCUUCACCAAGUUGCACAUGCAGCAGUAUCUACUUGAACAUCUCGACUCUAUUACAUCCGUGUCGCCCAUUUACGCCUUAAGCAUUGCGACCUUUUACUUCACGGGCUCGUAUUAUCAUUUGUCGAAACGACUCUGGCGGCUGCGUUAUGUGUUCACGAAAAAGAUUGAGGAGAACGAGCAGCGCAUCGGGUAUGAAGUCCUGGGUGUCCUGCUUGUUCUCCAGAUCGCUGUGCAGGGAUUCCUGCAUGCUCGCAAGCUGGGUGCUAGCAUGAAUGAGGAUGAGGUCUCGUCUGCGGAGGGUGGUGAGUCUCGCUCAGAGGGCGGGGCGCUUAUAUCUUCGAUUCAGAACCCCUCGGCUAUUCCUCUUCUUCCUGCCUCUGUGCCUCUAUAUGAUCUGGAUGAGGAUCCCAGUGCUGUCUCAUGGAUUCCAGAGGGUCAGCAGCGGAAGUGUACAUUGUGUCUGGAACAGUUCAAGGAUCCUAGUGUGACGACCUGUGGACACGUCUUUUGCUGGAUCUGUGUCCGUGACUGGGUUCGUGAGAAGCCUGAGUGUCCGCUCUGUCGACAGGAGGUUUUGUUAUCGAAGGUUCUUCCUCUGAGAGGGUAA